UGACGCAACGCGCUUUGCUGACUGGCUAGCGCACCAAGACACGCGAUACUCCGCCGCUGGACAAUAGCUCGUCAUAAGACACCGAGACGCCAUUCUCCCGAGUGCACGGAUAUCAUACUAACCUCAAACUCGUUGCAGCGCCGGCCUACCUAAGAUACUCAACGACAAACGAAGAUGUCUGGAAAUACGGAUUGGAAGUCAGCAUCUACCAUCUACGACUUUACGGCACGAGACAUCCAGGGCAAUGACGUGUCCCUGGAGAAGUACCGCGGUCACGUCUGCAUCAUCGUCAAUGUCGCUUCCAGGUGCGGCCUCACUGCUACCAACUACAAGGAGCUGGUGGAGCUGCAGAAGGAAUACGGCGAGAGCAAGGGUCUGCGCAUUCUGGCGUUCCCGUGUAACCAGUUCAACGGCCAGGAGCCGGGAAACAGCGAGCAAAUAGCCUGCUUCGCGCUCAAGACGAUGGGCGCCACCUUUGACCUCUUCGAAAAGGUGGAGGUCAAUGGUGACAAUGCUCAUCCCCUAUGGAAAUUCCUGAAGAACAAGCAGCCGGGGACACUGGGCAACUUCAUCAAGUGGAACUUCACCAAGUUUGUAGUCGACCGCGACGGCAAUCCAGUGGCCAGGUUCGCGCCCACGACGGAGCCCAAGAAGAUGGUGGACACGCUCAACAAAUUCUUCUGAGCCGGACGGGGGGGCUUUCGGCGUUCAGGCGGUUCCUACCAAUCGCCUCUGUUCCGUGGGGGCAGUAGAAUUCAUGCGUAAAAAUGCUGUUACACUUUCAACUUCUCACAGGGACUGUCAAAGCACAUUCGAGACUGUUUUCUAUCUGCACGUUGAAGCGAGAUUAUUUAGCGUAGACGUUUUGGGAAGGGGGAGGGGCGUGGAGUCCUUCAAGGAGCUGUACUGAGACGAACAUAGAAUUGUUUUCAGAGAUACAUGUCGGAAGCGCUCAUCCAUUUGUGUAAACUAAACUAAAAUUGCGAGCAUUAUACACCUGGUAUCUAAUAUCGUUUUUAAGCUUUUUCACUUUGAAAUUAUAUUGAAAUAUAUGUAUUAUUAACGUCUGUAGUCAUCGUUUCGAAGAUAUUAAUGCAAGUGUAUGAUACUGACCAUAAAGUCAUCUAGACUGUU